AUGAGCAAGACGAGUCCUCCACACUCAUCAACCUCGCAGACGCCUCCGGCCGCAUUCGCCAGCAAGCAGAGAGCUAUACUUUGGAUCUUCAGGAUUUGCAGGGACUUUGCCAGAAGGGGAACGUGUUCCUUCAAAAACUGCAAGCGAGAUGACGAUCGACCAAAACGAGACACGAGACCCAAAAGACCAGAACUGUCAGAUUCAGAGAAACAAUUUCGAUCCUGGAAGGAUACCAUAACCACAGACAUUCGUGCAUCUCGACCAGAUGCUCGACAGUUUAUCGAAGUUGACGCUGGUCUUAUGCAAGGAACGGGAUUGGAACAUAUUCGAGAUCUUUCGAAGGCAAAGGAAGCAGUCUUCCGGUCACAGGUCCUUCCUCUGCUGGAAACCGUCUCGCACCCUAAGGUUUUAUCGUCGCUGAUCUUGGAACAAGCAGUGGGAACUAUUUUCAAUGUGCUGGCAGCGCUAUUCCUAAGCUCAAUAUGCGAUGAGGAAACAGCCGUGGAGUGGUUGGAGAUUUCACUCCUCGUGUUUGCAAAAAUUGUCGAUCUAAACUCCACCGCAUUCCAGCUUUUUCUCCAGAUGACCGAGGGUGGCCUGGCGAGCUCUCUCCACCACUCGCGCAAUCUUCUCGAUCACCUUCUACGCCGAUUGGAAAUUGGCAGCUUCCUACCAUCUGCACCUGCGAACGAUAAGCUCAAAUCAUUUACGGUACAUCGCGAACCGCCCGGUGGCAGACAUGACAAUGACCAUGCCGAUAUUAUUCAGAGUUCGCGUAUCGAAUACCUGCCGGUCAAUGAUCCUGGUCAGUGGCAUGUGGGUGGUCUGGACGGUUUGGAAGAUACGAUCGGUCAGCUGCGAGAUGCUAUUCACCAGGAGCUCAAGGGGUCACAGGGACCAGGCGGACGGAUUUCCCAGGUUCGGACACACAUCUACUUUGACAAAUUCCUUGGCUUUCAAUUCAAGGUUCAAUUCCCUCAACCGCCACAUGACCGGGAAAACUGGUGGCAGUUGUCGAAGCGUUUGCAACCCGGUGCUCUUGUGACGGUUGUCUUCUUCAGGUCUCCCGAAAAGCAAACAAAUGCAGCAUCCCUGUGGGGAGAUGCGAAGGAAGCGUCAGUCAAGAUGACUCUGGUCGAUACGAAACCCGGCAUGGCCCUGAAUAAACGGGAUUUUUCUGUUGUCGAAUUCCCAGGCAUUCUACUGGCUGGCUUCGAACCAACCUUGCGAGCACUGAAGAAGAUCAAGGAGAACAGGGAGCUACCAUUCCUAGAGAUUCUGGUCCCGAACGGCGAUGUAGGUCCAGUCGAAGUUCCUCCUCCCCUCUAUGCGUUGAGACCCGGAUUUCGCUUCAACCUUCGUUGCUUGAUGAAUAACAAGGCCGAACUAUACAUCCAAGCCGAUAAACCGGUUGAUAUAGAAUACUUGCAACGCAACUCGACCCUCGACGGGGCCCAGGCGAGGGCCUUGGUCAAUAGCCUCCAACACCGAAUUGGCUUGAUUCAAGGGCCUCCUGGUACGGGUAAGAGCUACACAGGUGUUGCGCUUAUCCGAGUCCUCCUAGCAAAUAAGAAGCAAGGAAAGACAAAUCUUGGUCCUGUGUUAUGUGUUACUUAUACGAACCAUGCUCUGGACCAGUUGCUGGAAGCUCUCAUCGACAAAGGAGUAACGUCCCAGAUUAUACGGAUCGGUUCGCAGUCCAAGUCUGACCAGCUGAGGUCGCUCAAUCUACGACAUAUUGCAAAGGAUGCCGAGAAAACCAAGAGGGAGCGACAAGAUCAAUAUCGCCUUCAUUGCGAAACAGAGGCGUGCGAGGACAAGUUCUCCACCCUGAACAUCAACCAGGGCUUGUUAGCCACUCAUCUCAUCCCUCACCUUCAAAAACUAUAUCCGCGCUAUUAUUCUGCUCUGUUCGGUAAGGACGAGGACGGUUGGGAGAGGGUUGGGCACGGCAAGCCCAGUGACGUGAUCAGGCGUUGGGUCCAGGCUGGGGGACCAGGAGAUGAGAUACGAUCUUUCGACGUGCUCAUGUCACUAAAUCCGUCACAACUGUCGCAAAAAGAAAGAGAGGAACUGCGCCAGAUAUGGGCGAAAGAAGUCAUUAAGCUGGUGCAUGAUAAAGUCACGCAGCUCUGCUCGGCACACCGUAUAGCCAAAGCCAAUCUCGACAACGUUCGAGACGAAGUGGAUCUCCGCUGUCUGGCAGAUGCCGAUGUCAUCGGAGUCACCACGUCCGGUCUGGCUCGAAAUUUGAACAUGCUGCGAAAGCUACAAUCCAAAGUCGUGAUGUGUGAAGAAGCCGGCGAGGUUCUGGAAGCACACCUUCUCACUGCUCUGCUGCCCUCGGUCGAACACGCCAUCCUUAUUGGUGAUCACCUACAACUCCGUCCACAGGUUCAGAAUUACGAGCUCUCGCGCGAGAAUCCUAGAGGUGGCGAAAAGUACUCUCUGGACGUUUCGUUGUUUGAGCGACUCGUCGAAUCGCAGAGUGCCAUGGGUCUGGGUCUUCCGUUCAGCACACUCGAAACGCAACGCAGGAUGCACCCUUCCAUCGCCCAACUAGUUCGGAAUACUCUAUAUCCUCAGCUAGAAGACGCAGAAUCAGUGUCAAGCUAUCCUGAAGUUGUGGGUAUGCGCCGGAGACUGUUCUGGCUGGACCAUCGCGAGCCGGAGGCGGACGCAGCCAAUACGAGUCUGCUGGCGACCUCGCACUGGAACGAGUACGAAAUUCAGAUGACAAUGGCUGUGGUCAACCACCUCGUGCGACAGGGCAAAUACCAUAGCGGCGAUAUUGCUGUCAUUACUCCAUACCUGGGUCAACUCCAUCGCCUACGUCAGCUGUUCUCGCAACACUUCACCGUCACACUUGGAGAAAGAGAUGCUGAUCAGCUCGAGAGUGCUGGCUUUGAAGCUGGUGAAACUGAUGUCAAGACCACGGCGAGAGCUACUCUACUGCAGACUUUGAGGGUAGCGACCAUAGACAAUUUCCAAGGUGAAGAGGCCAAAGUUGUCGUUAUAUCGCUGGUGCGGAGUAACUCUCGGAAUCGCUGCGGAUUCUUGCGUACAUCCAACAGAAUAAACGUCCUCCUAUCACGAGCUCAGCAUGGAAUGUACAUUAUUGGCAAUUCCGAGACUUGUACUUAUGUCCCGAUGUGGGCGCAGGUCAUUGACAUCCUUCGGCAGUCGGGCAAUAUAGGAUCACAGCUGGAGUUGCAGUGUCCCCGUCACCCUGAUACACCACUCCUUGUCUCUACGCCUCACCAUUUUUUGCAGCUAUCCCCAGAGGGGCAAAAGUGCCAUUCGGAACUGCUUCACAACGCCGCGUAUUGCCCACAGCCGUGCCCUCGUCCGCGCAAAGGGUGUACUCAUCCGUGCGUCAAGCGGUGCGGUGAUCCUUGUCCUGACAGGUGUAUGGUGAAGGUGUAUAAGGAGGAUAGGAAGCUUGAAUGCGGCCAUUCGAUGCCGACUUUGCCCUGCUGGCAAGAUCAGGACUUGUCUACUGUCCGCUGCAAGGUGGCUGUUGCCAAGACGGUCGAACGUUGCAAGCACGAGAUUACGGUGGAAUGCCAUCAAGAUGUGAAAUUGGCUACUUUUAAAUGUACCGCUCAGUGUAAUGCUCUCUUGACUUGCGGACACACAUGCAAGCGGCCAUGCCACCAUUGCGUACAGCUUCUUGAUUGGGAGGAUGUCCGCAUUGACCAUGGCAGAUGUCAGCAAAAGUGCGGCCGCAAGCACUCGACUUGCGCUCACUUUUGCAGUGCGGUCUGCCAUGGCGACGAGCCUUGUCCCCCGUGUGGAGAACCAUGCGACGUGCAGUGCGGUCACUCCAAAUGUACCAAGAAAUGCCGGGAGCCAUGCACCCCAUGUGCCGAAGAGCGAUGCUUCUCCAGAUGUCCACACAGCGCGUGCACAAUGCCUUGCGCGGCCCCGUGCAACCACAUUCCGUGCUCCAAACGGUGCGACCAGAAGCUGCAGUGUGGUCAUCAGUGUCCGUCGUUAUGUGGUGAGAGAUGUCCGUCCGACAAAUACUGCCAAACGUGUGCAAGCAAAGGAAUCAAACACCAGGUUGUGGACUUUAUCCUGGGUGAGACAUACGAGAACAUCAACCUGGAUGAAAAUCCGUGCAUCUUCCCUCGGUGUGGCCAUUUCUUGACCAUGGAAAGCAUGGACGGGCAAAUGGCCUUGCAAGAGCACUACGAACUCGACGAACAAGGAAGACCCAUGUCCAUCAAGGAUUCAACGCGCCCGUUCUCCAUGGAUGAUAUCAAGACGUGUGCCACCUGUCGUGGAUACGGUCGACUUGUGCGUCGAGCGCUACUGGACGAAUCCACCAAGAAGUUCAUCCUUUAUUUGAACCGGGAAUACGUUCCUCUAGAGGAGGAGCUCGCCCGGCAGGUGAAACUAAUGCAGGAAAAAACAGAGGGCGCAAAUAGAAAAGGGCCAGUCUGGCCCGACCAUCUGCAGCUCGAGGGCUCAAUCCAGCAAAACGUCAAGACAAUGACGGAAGUAGUUCACCACACGUCCCCUGGCCGGUGGAAAGAUAUAACCAAGCUUCGCGACAAGGUCGUCGCCUACCGCAAACGAGUAGCCUUGGACGAACAGCCCUACGACCGAGUCCGCAGCAUGGUUGAAAGCACCAAACGAAGGAAGAAGACCGACGGAGACUUUGAGUUUGACAACACCAUCCUCCAGUCAAAGGGCGUCCUCCUCGCUACCGCCCUGAACCUCCGUUUCGACAUCGCCCUGCUAACCGAUUUCCUCGCCGUCAAGGACCGCGCCUCCUCGCAAACGGGCAACAUCACCAUCUCCUUCAACUUACAAGACGCACGAGACGAGUGCGCUACACUCAUCAACCUCGCAGAUACCUCCGGCCGCAUCCGCCAGCAAGCAGAGGGCUACACUUUCCUUGCACACCUCCACGCCCUCGAACGAUCCCAGACCCUUUCUCCACAAGCCGCGGAGACACACCUUGGAGAAGGGCGGGAGGCGGCCGCUCACGCGCGUUCCCUCUGCGCGCAGCACCCAACCCAGACGAGAGGUCUCCUGCCUGAUAUCGAGACCGUUGAUAGAAUGCUCCGCGACUCGACGUUUUAUGCCGUUGUGACGAACGAAGAGCGCAUGGCGGUGGUGGCGGCCAUGGCGCGCGAGUUCCAUGGCACGGGGCACUGGUAUUACUGCCGGAACGGACACCCGUUCACCAUUGGGGAGUGUGGGGGUGCGAUGGAGCAGACGGCGUGUCCCGAGGAGCACCGCGUAGCGGAGGGGGUGAUGAGGGCGGAUGAUUUGGAGGCGUCGUUUGAGGGGAUGCAUCUGUGA